AACAUGGGUGUGCGCGAUGCUUUCACAAAUAAUAUGCACAACGAUAUAUGAAGACGAUCUGAAUUCGUGAUAUUGGACUCACAGCGCAACAGAACGGGACUGGUUCAAGUUUUCACUUUCCAGUAGAACCUUUUUGAGCAUUAAACAAAAGGGACAACAUGAGCCGCAAUUUCUUCUCAAAUCCGAACGUGUCGCGGCUUAAGCAGCUCACCAGUAAUCAUAACCUCUCGCCCAGGGGCGGUUCCGUAGGCUAUCCCACCCUUCCUCAGACUCCGGAGACGUCAAGCGGCAGAGAAAGAGUCUCCCAAAAUACCAGCAAAAGCGAUUAUAUUGACGACGCGAGAACACGCGCUGCUGUGCGCUCUUUGGCGGCCCUAGAACAAAAUAUUUCCCCACCAAACGAUGAUGCAGAGGAUGACGAGUGGCGCCCUGGCCGCAAUUCCGAGGACAAUGAGGUUUUGCAAGACCCAUAUGUGCCCACGCGGUCUUCUCAGCAGAUGCUAGAGCAGUACACCAUAGGCAAAUCUCUUCAGCGUCGCGAGCAUGACGCCGAACAGCAACAAGGCAGGCCCAAACGUAACUUCAUUGAUCGGCAGCCAGACGCCUCAAGGGUAGAGUUUGACGACCCGCCUGGCAGCGGUCAGCCGACUCCGGUACCUGUGGGAAGAGCCUCGCGGAAACGAAAAUUGGCAAAUAGGAGUAAUGAAGGCGACGAAGACGAUGAUCAGGAUGACGCGUUUCAGCAAGAUACUCGGCCGACGAACGCUGAAGCAAGGAGACGAGAGGCUCCUGUUGCGGCACGUCGCCAAGCUAUUCGAGAGAUGUCGACGGAGCAUCAUGAUGACGAUGCCGAAGAUGCUCACGAAGUAGAGCAGCAGCAGCAGCGAGAACGGCGGGAACGGCGAGAGCAGCGGGAGCAGCGCCAAGAGAGAGCAUCUGAAGAUGCUGCUCGCGAAUUCACACCAACGUCUAGAGGACAAUCACAUCUGGAUGACGACCCCGGCAGUGUUUACCAGCAAGUGCAGGCUGAAGCUCGACGUCGAGUAGCAACUCGAUUGCCCCCCAAAGUUCAGACGCGGCAGAAGUGGUCGACGGAAGAAACUAGCCUCCUGAUCAGAUGUGUCCAAAAAUACGGUACAUCGUGGUCCAGGAUUGUACAGAGCGAGCCACUCUUCAAUGAUAGGGGUCAGGUCGGUCUCAAAGAUAAGGCUCGAAAUAUAAAAUUUGACUAUCUCAA